AAGUACCAAAUAAUAAUUUUCCUUUUUCAAUUUCAAUGCCAUUUGGUUCACCUUGCACAGGCGCCAGUCCUCUUCCUACUGUCUGUUCUGUCGCCUCCCGCUCUCCAGUCUCGAUUUCUUCCGUCUCCACCCUUCUUCCUCUCAUUGGCUGUGAAGAACAAGAUCUGAGCCUCGACAGUGAAAUUGUGAAGCACCAGCUUUGAGCUAUCGAACCCAAUCUACACAAGCUAUUGAACCAUCUCUCAGCUAUCACCUCUCGUGACCAACUCUGCAGCCAGUUCAGAGUUCCCAUUGCGUCUGCCUUUCAUCAUAAAUUUCGCAAGAUUGGUUUUACAUGAGACAGUAGCUGUGAUUUAGGAGAGAUGGAAACUAAUUGGGUUGCGGAAGGGAAUGGGCUUGGAGCUGAGCGAGGUGGGAGCUUUGACAUGGGGGCAUUAGGGAGGUGCUUGAGCAGCUUCGUGGAUGAAGGUAGCCCUGAGAGUCACAGAUACUACCUCUCACGGAGAACUGUGCUUGAGAUGUUGAGAGACAGAGGCUAUUCUGUUCCAAGCUCAGAAAUCGACUUGUCUCUGCAAGAAUUUCGAGUCAUUCAUGGCCAGAACCCAGAUAUUGAUCGCCUCAAAUUUUCCGCUACUCACAAGUCAGAUCCCUCUAAAAGGAUACUGGUUAUUUUCUGUGGGACUGGUGUGCUUAAAGUUAGUUCUGUCCGCCUCAUUGCUGCUCAGAUUGUUAAUAGAGACAGUUUAACUGGUCUGAUUUUAAUCUUGCAAAACCAAAUAACAAACCAAGCUCUGAAAGCUGUGGAUCUUUUUUCUUUUAAGGUUGAGAUGUUCCAGAUUACAGACUUGCUUGUCAAUAUUACAAAGCAUUUAUUAAAACCAAAGCAUGAGGUUCUGACUGAUCGGGAAAAGGAAAAGCUCUUGAAAAAAUACAGUAUCGAAGAAAAGCAGCUUCCUCGACUGUUAAAGAAAGAUGCAAUUGCGCACUAUUAUGGACUUGAGAAGGGACAGGUGGUAAAAGUCACUCAUACUGGUGACAUUACUGAGUCGCAUGUUACUUAUCGAUGUGUCUGGUAAUUGCCUUUGUGCUGUGUUUGUAUCAUCCUUUCGAUGUUGUAGAAUUUAUUGUAUUCUUGUUUCUUGUCAUUUUGAAUGGCUCGAACUGGUUUUAGCAUUCCUAGUUCCAAUCCUGUACCUGACAAUGUCCGUAAAUAAACUUUGAAGAGUAGAUGGGAAGUGUGAAUGUAAUGUUUGUUGACAUGUUUGAAUGUAAUGUAAUAAAUUUCUUAUUCAUUUUCUGUUA